AUGGAUUUAUUUAACUCUGCUUUAGGAAGAAAUAUCACCUUUGUGCGUCCUCCAUAUUUCAUAAUAAGAGGAUUUAUUGGUACACCCAAUAUCAAGUAUUACUAUGUCUUUCUCUUCUUUGUUUAUGUUUUUUCAGUGCUGGGGAACUCAGCUGUGAUGGCUGUAAUAUACCUGGAUCAUAAUCUGAGAACUCCAAAGUACGUUGCAGUUUUUAACCUUGCAUUUGUGGACUUGUUAGGUAGCUCAGCUCUGGUUCCAAAGGUGCUGGACGUCUCUCUGUUUAACCAUAAUGUAAUUUCGUACAACAACUGCCUGACAUUCUUUUUUUUCUGCUUCACAUUCCUUUCAAUGCAGACUCUUAAUCUGGUUUCUCUUUCCUAUGAUCGCCUGGUGGCCAUCGCCUUUCCUCUGCAAUAUCAUGUGAAGGUGACACACAGGUUUAUGUUUUCUUUGAUUGCCUCUUUCUGGUUCUUUGUUGUAUUUUCUGUUCUUGUUGCUGUUGGAUUACUUACGAGACUUUCCUUCUGUGACUCUCUGGUUAUUAACAGCUACUUUUGUGAUCAUGGCCCAAUCUAUCGGCUUGCAUGCAACGACAACUUUCCUAAUAAUUUCAUUAGUCAAUUGUUUAUAGUUAUUUUUGUUUGGCUUCCAGUUCUGUUGAUUGUGUCUAGUUACCUUUGUAUCGGCUACAUGUUAUCCAAAAUAACCACAGUUCAAGACAGAGCAAAGGCCUUUAAAACCUGCACAGCUCAUCUGUCAUUAGUGGCAGUCUAUUUCAUCCCAAUAUUAACCAUAUUCACCCUGGCUUCAAAAAUAGAUCCAAAUAUUAGAAUAGUCAACUGGUCUUUGGCCUCGAUCUUCCCUCCCAUGUUAAACCCCAUCAUUUACGUUCUGCAGACGCAAGAAAUAAGAGGAUCACUGAGGAAAUUAUUAAAAAUUAGGAGGUAA